AUGCAUUCAAAGGACAAGCACUACAAUAUUAUUGCAGGAGCACAAGAAGUAGCCUGCGGUAUACCUAAAUGCCCGGUGGGAUGUAGCAUUGACUUUGACCUCUACCCAUGUCCAGGAUGUGCGUGUCAUAACAGAGAUAAAGUAUUUCCUCCCCAUAUUCAAUGUGCACCACCCGUUUGUAAUCCACCUUGUAGAAUAAACUUCAACACUCAACCGUGCCCAAGCUGUGAUUGUUUCCACACAUUUCCUGCCAUACAGUGCUCAUUGCCAAGAUGCGAUCCUCCUUGUAGAAUCAACUAUUCCACUAAACCCUGUCCGAGCUGCGAAUGCCACAGCCAACGUUGUUUAAUGCCAAAAUGUGACCCUCCUUGCAGAAUCAACCAUUCCACCAGACCUUGUCCGAGCUGUGAAUGUCACAGUCAACCGCAGUUCCAGUGUUCGAUACCAAGAUGCGAUCCUCCUUGUAGGAUCAACCACUCCACUAAACCUUGUCCGAGUUGCGAAUGCAUCAGCCAACCUCAAUGUUUGGUACCAAAAUGUGAUCCUCCUUGCAAAAUCAACUAUUCCGCCAAGCCUUGCCCUAGCUGCGAAUGUCGCAGCCAAUCUCGAUUCCAAUGUUCGAUGCCGAGAUGUGAUCCACCUUGCAGAAUGAACUUUUUCACCAAACCCUGUCCAAGUUGUGAAUGUGGUAGUUUUCACCAUGGAUCGGAUUUUUUCUAA